UGCUGUCAUCACACGCACGCGUGAGUUCUGACGUACUGCUCCCCUCUUGAACAUUUAAUUCAGGGAUCCUCCCUAGUACAGCGGCAGACCUACAGGACAAGCAGAUGCGCUGUUAGCGGAGCUACCGGAUAACGAUGAGUGAUAUUUCAAGAUAAUUAACAAAAUAAUAUAUCAAUAGGUAGGUGACGUGAUCUGCGUUGUUUUUCUGAGUAAUGUAAAGAUGGCGAGAGUGCUCAACAACUUGCUUCUGUUUACAAUCAGACUCACGCUGAAGAUCCGAGUUUUAGGGUAUUGGUCGUUGAUAUACGGUUAUUGUGCCCUCUGCACUGCCGUAGCGCUGCUGAAACUUUGGUGGAGCAUCAUUUUAAGGCCGUCAGCCACCUUUCAGUGGGGAAUUCGCGAAACUCCCCCUGCUUGCUUGAAUGACACGUCCUUGGGAACCCACUGUUACGUUAGAAUAAAGGAGUCUGGUCUGAGGUUUCACUAUGUCGCUGCUGGAGAGAGAGGGAAACCGCUCAUGCUGUUUUUGCAUGGCUUCCCAGAGUUCUGGUUUUCUUGGCGCCACCAGCUGCGUGAGUUUAAGAGUGAGUUCCGUGUGGUGGCCAUUGACAUGCGAGGCUACGGGGAGUCCGACUUGCCGUCAUCCACAGAGAGCUACCGCUUUGAUUACCUGGUCACAGACGUCAAGGACAUUGUGGAAUACCUAGGUUACAACAGAUGUCACCUGGUCGGCCAUGAUUGGGGAGGAACCAUCGCCUGGCUGUUCGCCAUCCACUACCCCGAGAUGGUCACCAAACUCAUCGUCCUAAACUGCCCCCAUCCAUCUGUCUUCAGUGAUUAUGCCCUGCGUCAUCCCAGUCAGCUGCUCAAGUCCAGCUACUUCUUCUUCUUCCAGCUGCCUCGCUUCCCAGAGCUCAUGCUCUCCAUCAAUGAUUUCAAGGCACUGAAGGGUCUGUUCACCAGCCGUAGUACAGGGAUUGGGAGGAAGGGUCGAUGGCUCACUGCAGAGGACAUGGAGGCCUAUCUCUACGCCUUCUCCCAGCCAGGGGCCCUCACCGGGGCCCUCAACUACUACAGGAAUGUCUUCAGUUCCCUCCCACUCAGCCAGAAUGAUGUCAUGUCCCCGGUGUUGUUGUUGUGGAGUGAGAGAGAUGCCUUCCUGGAGCAGGAGAUGGCUGAGGCGUGCCGUGUCUACAUCAGGAAUCACUUCCGACUCAACAUCAUCUCCGGGGCCAGCCACUGGCUACAGCAGGACCAGCCUGACAUCGUCAACACACUCAUAUGGACCUUCCUCAAAGAGGGAGAGGGCCGCAAAACCUACAGGAACUGAAUCUAGCUAGGUCUACAUCCCAAAUGGCACAAUUUCUUCCUAUACAGUGACUUACUUCUGACCAGAGCCCUACGGGUCCUGGUCAA